CGGGAGCCCGUCUCUAGUUGGCCGCGCAAAUCGCUUCCAUCUGAGCGUCACACGACAGAUAGUCCCCUGGGUCACCCAAGACGAGACAAGCUCAAACGCACAAGUAGUAACGCAAGCGCUUGGUCGGACGUGAGCAGCAAUGGAGAGCCUACAGCGAGCGACGACAACAGCCAGGACGUGGACAUGGUCACCCCUACACGUGGUGCAGGUGGCCGGAUCCAGUGGGGUGCUAGUCCAGCUCUGACCCGCACACCUGCGGUGAACAUCGCUCUCGGCCUGCAACGGACGGCGUCAGACGAAUAUCCUUCUCCACCUGAGACGUCGCCUCUCAUUGAGCGAGCUGCGAGGCAUUCGGCUGCUCAUAAGACUGCCCAGCCAUCAUUCAGCGGUCGUGCCUCCCUGAAUCCCGCCAUAUUGCGCACGCCUGCGUCUCCUGUAGAUAGUCGGGUACCUACACAAAACGUCGUCAAGGGCCGACACUCGUUCCCUUUCGUAAAGUCUGACGGCGGUGCCCUCGGACGGUUCGAACGCGACUUCAUUGAAGAUGGUCAGCUGGGAAGGGGCGGCUUCGGUUUCACAUACCGUGUGAUGGCUCGCCAUCCUGCUCCUGGUGAAGAAGGCAAGGUGUGGUGCGUGAAACGCAGGAAGAACCCAUUUGAAGGUGCCAAGGACCGACAACGCCAGCUUGAGGAGGCUAACAUCCUCCAAUAUCUCGCAACGCCCUCUGUUGGCGGCCCCCACUCACAUAUUGUGCAGAUGAUCGACUUCUGGGAAGAACAGAAUACGCUGUAUAUCCGGACGGAGCUGUGUGGGCUUGGAGAUCUCAGUAUCCUUUUGCAAGAGUUUGGCCGCAUUUCCGAAGACGGUCUAGGAGAAGCACGCGUGUGGAAGAUUCUGAACCAGAUCACCAAAGGCCUUCUUCACGUUCACCAGGCCGGGAUCCUUCACUUGGACCUCAAGCCUGCCAACAUCUUCAUCACCGACAGUGGCGUACUCAAGAUCGGCGACUUUGGCCUCGCCACCCGCUGGCCCCGGCCGAACGCUGCCCUUGAACGAGGCUUUGAGCGCGAAGGAGACAGAGAGUAUAUGGCUCCUGAGAUCCUCCGCGGCGUAUAUGGCAAGCCGGCGGACAUAUUCAGUCUUGGAGUGCUCGCCCUGGAAUGCAUCUGCAACAUUGUCGUGCCUGAUAUGGGGGAACCGUGGCAUAAGCUCCGAACGGACGACUUCUCCGAUACGGAGCUUUCCGGCAUAGCCAGCUUCGAACUGUCGAGUCUAAUCAUCGGCAUGAUGCAUUCCGAUCGCACGCUGCGACCGAGCAUCCAACAAAUCCGCGCUAGCAUCGCGUUUCAGCGUUUGGAGGGGAUGCUCGCAUCCGGCGUAGUUGGUUCAGCGAUCGAGCCUGAAGAGCCCGCGUUCCUAGCAAGUCUUUUGGGUUACUCUGGGCCUGAACCGGUCGAAGACUCAAUGGAUGUUGAUAUGUAAGAUAAAGAGGGAUAAACCGAAAGAAGAAUAUUUCUCGACUGAUAUUUUGGACCCAUGCCGUCAUCUCUUGCUGUUUGUCCUGCCAAGCUUGCGCGCUACCAUAUGCAUCAUGGAUACCUGUCUUUCACGUCAGCAUCAUCUCCUUUCUAUGUUCUCCAUUCGUUGCGUUCUUUCAGUGUCUAUUCUGUGAUCCUGCCUGUUGAUCAUUGGGGGUUGAUCCCCUCCCGUUGUUGCUCAUCCAGCCUGUGCCAUCUGUUCUCAUCCGUUCAUUGGUAGUCUUUCUCCCUGUUGCUAUUCUCUCUUCGCUACACCCAUACCCUCCUGACUGUCGCAUGUUCCGAAGAUGUGCAGAAAGAGAUUUCUUCUUACCUCUUACUCUCACCUGAU